UCUGAUCGUUUUCUUAUUCAUGGGAGUAGACUUCGAUUCUUUCAAGUCAAGACGAACUUUCAUCCGGGUGAAAUCCAAGACUCCGAUGAAGAGAUCUCCUGUACGGUGGUCCGAUCUGCCUCCUGAACUUUGUCUGGUCAUCGGAAAACGCCUCGAAACCUACAUCGAUGUCCUCCGAUUUCGCAGCGUCUGUAAAUCGUGGCGAGCUUCUCUUCCUGGUUUCGACGGCAUUUCUCCUCUUUCACCUCUUCAAUUCCCUUCCCCCGCCAACGCUGGCCGUGGUUACCUUGCCGCUGGCCACACCUUACUCCACCGAAGGAUAAUCUAUUGUUUCAGUCCUCUCCAUCAUCAUCGAACUUCUAACUCUUCUUCUUCAAGGUUGUUUACGAAGGAUAAGAGCGCAAAACUCGGUACAGUCCGUUUUGUAGAUCUGUUUUCUAAUCUAUUAGUUGUAUUCGAUGACGAAACCUUUCGGAAGGAUGUGAACUUCCUCGAUUUUCGAAUUUAUGAGGUUGCGAAAUCGUAUGCGCUUCAAUACACUCGUGGUGGUCUUGUUUCUGGAAUUACCAAGGUUAUAAUGUACCCUGAUUCUGGCUGGACCGAUUUUAGGACCAGAAUCAUUGUCGCAGUUUAUGGAAGAGGUAAAUUAGGGUUUGCAAAACAUGGAGAUGACAAUUGGACGCUAAUCGAUGACGUUAAUUUUCACUACAACGACGUGAUUAUGUACAAGGGGCAGGUUUAUGCUGUUGAUAAAUGGGGAACAGUUUUCUGGAUCGAUUCAUCGAUGAAAUCGGUACAGUUUUCUGUUCCAUCGUGUGGUUUUGGGGAUCAUAAACAUUUAGUGGAGUGUGGCGGCGAACUCUAUGUUGUGGAUCGAUUUCUGCUCAAACCUGAUCCAGAUGAUUGCAUUCGCAAUAAUCCUAACAUUGUAACUGAUUUCAAAGUGUACAUGUUGGAUCAAGAUUGGGGAAGAUGGGUGGAUGUGAAGAAUUUGGGGAAUCAAGCCAUUGUUUUGGGGGACGGUAGCUGUUUCUCUGUUUCGGCUUCGGAAAUUGAAGGGUUUCAAGCGAAUUGCAUAUAUUUUAACCACAAACAAAAAGGGUGGUUCAGCCAGGACUGUGUUCCUGCUGUGUUCGAUCUCAAAGAAAGAAGGAUUUUGGAAGCCUCAAUCCAUGGGAAUGCAACAAGGUGUGGUGCGUUUCAGUGGAAGCUUGUAAAUUGUAACUAUUUUGAUUCAUCAUUGAUCAUGAGAGCUUAUUUGAAUUGUGAACACAAUGAAUAUGAAUAUGAAAUGCAUACAUUGGGACCCAGUUCCAUCCACGAAUUAAAAAUGGACAACGGAGUGCGGUGGUCGGAACUCCCGCCGGAGAUAUGGUUGGCAGUCGGAAAACACCUUCACAACUACAUCGAUGCCGUCCGAUUUCGCAGCGUUUGCCGAUCAUGGCGGUCCUCUGUUCCUCCUGUCCCCAAAAUAUCUCCUCCUAUUCGUCUCCGAUUUCCCUCCCCAAUCAACACUGCAAGUCUCUUCGUCGACGCCUUCCUCUCCCAAAGUACCUUCUAUCGUCUCGCUCCUCUCAUCCACGAACAGAGCCCUAACUCGUCUUCCUCUAACCAGAAUGGCCGACUGGUGAAGCUGGAGAAAUCGGAGCUCGGUAAGAUGCGGUUUCUUCAUCCUCUGUCCAAGCGCCUAAUGCGAUGCAAUCCGGAAGAACACAAGGAACUGAACUUACUGGAUCUUCGAAUCGACGAAUUAGCCAUAUCGUAUUCGCUCAAAUACACUGAUACUGCUUGUGUUCCUGGAAUCGCUAAAGUCAUGGUGUUCCCUAAAUCCACCGGACCAGACGUUGAAGAUUGUACUGUAAUCGCAGUGUUUGAGGACGGGAAGUUAGGGUUUGCCAGAUCUGGAGACGAGAAAUGGACUCUAAUCGACGAACAGAAUUUCCACUACGACGAUGUGAUUGUCUACAAUCGGCAGUACUACGCAGUCGAUAGAUGGGGAACUGUUUUCUGGAUCGAUUCAUCGAUGCGAUUGGUACAAUUUUCUCCUCCUCUGAUCGGUCUCGGCCAGCAGAAGCACUUGGUAGAGUGCGGCGGCGAACUUCUGGUAAUCGAUCGGUUCCUCGACAAAGAGCGUUCGGUUCAACAUCCAACCGAUAUCAUGGACGACGCACAUCCAAUGGCGAUUCCAUUUCGACGGCCGGAUAACGAUUCGUCACCAAGAGCAGUCGAUUUCAAGGCUCAUAAGCUGGAUCAAGAAUGGGGGACAUGGGUGGAGCUGAAGAAUUUGGGGAAUCGAUCGAUUAUAUUGGGGAACGACUGUUGUUUAUCAGUUGAAGCGUCAGAAUUUGAAGGAUGCAAAGAGAAUUGCAUUUACUACACCGAUGUUAACGACAACGAGUUCUCUAAAAGAAGUUUCAGCCGUGUGUUCGAUCUUGAAGGAGGAAGAAUCGGAAACAUAUUGUGUUAUCCUGGACGCAUCGGAAUCUUCAGCCCGCCGCCGAUUUGGCUCUCCAAAUCCCUUCCCCCCCUGAAGGACAUCCUGUUUGCUGCCUCUCCACAUCGCCAUGAAAACUAGCAGCUGGAAGGAAACUGGCGUCUGGAUCAUCAAAUAUCACAGAACCAAGUAUGCUUUCUUCGCCAUUUCUCUGCAAACAUACCAAUCUUCUUGUUUCUGAUCUUUCAAUGGGAGCAGAGAUUCACUCAUAUAAAUUGCUGCAAGUUCAUCAUGUUUAUAAUUUGAGCAUUGGUAGCAUUAUAACAAAUAUUGUCAUGUUGGGAGGAGAACGAAUCAUUUUUUAUAAGGGUGUGAGAACCUCUCCCUAACAUAUGCGCUUUAAAAAUUGUAAGGCUUAUGGUGCUACGUAGUGGGCCAAAGUGGACAAUAUCUACUAGCUGUUGAGCUUUGAGUAUUACAAAUAGUAUUAGAGUUAGUCAUCGAACGAUACGAGACA